CGUCCGCCGGCGCCGGCUCUGCGGCUGCUGAAUCGGAAACCGCAGGGAGGAUCCGGGGAAAUAAAGACGCCCGAGAAUGACCUCCAGCGAGGCCGCCUGAGCCGCGGGCCGCGCGCCGCCGCACCAGCCCCGGGCAUGGGCGAGCGGGGCGGGCGGCCGGAGCCCUCGGCCACGCACGCCCCGGGGGCCCCCGCCGGCCCCGGCCCCGGCCCCGGCCCCGGCGCCGCCGCCGUCAACGGGCUGCUGCACAACGGCUUGCACCCGCCGCCGCUCCAGCCGCCGCGCCUCUGCAGCCGCGGCCCCGCGGGCGGUGGCGACGCGGCGCCCCCGCGCCUCCCGCUCCUGCCCGAGCUCCAGCCGCAGCCACCGCCCCCUCAGCACGACUCCCCGGCCAAGAAAUGCCGGCUGCGGAGGAGGAUGGACUCUGGGAGGAAGCACAGGCCGCCAUUCCCAUGGUUCGGCAUGGAUAUCGGUGGAACGCUGGUUAAAUUGGUCUACUUCGAACCGAAGGAUAUUACAGCUGAAGAGGAACAAGAGGAGGUGGAGAACCUGAAGAGCAUCAGGAAGUAUUUGACUUCUAAUACGGCUUAUGGGAAAACCGGGAUCCGAGACGUUCACCUAGAACUGAAAAAUUUGACCAUGUGUGGGCGCAAAGGGAACCUGCACUUCAUCCGCUUCCCCAGCUGUGCCAUGCACAGGUUCAUUCAGAUGGGCAGCGAGAAGAACUUCUCCAGCCUUCACACCACCCUCUGUGCCACCGGAGGCGGGGCUUUCAAGUUUGAAAAGGACUUCAGAACGAUUGCUGACCUGCAGCUCCAUAAACUGGAUGAACUGGACUGUCUGAUUCAGGGCCUGCUUUAUGUUGACUCCGUCGGCUUCAACGGCAAGCCGGAAUGUUACUAUUUUGAAAAUCCCACAAAUCCUGAAUUGUGUCAAAAAAAGCCUUACUGCCUUGAUAACCCAUACCCUAUGUUGCUGGUGAACAUGGGCUCAGGUGUCAGCAUUCUAGCAGUAUACUCCAAGGACAACUAUAAAAGAGUUACAGGGACCAGUCUUGGAGGUGGAACAUUCCUAGGCCUAUGUUGCUUGCUGACUGGUUGUGAGACCUUUGAAGAAGCUCUGGAAAUGGCAGCUAAAGGCGACAGCACCAAUGUUGAUAAGCUGGUGAAGGACAUUUACGGAGGAGACUAUGAACGAUUUGGCCUUCAAGGAUCCGCUGUAGCAUCAAGCUUUGGCAACAUGAUGAGUAAGGAAAAGCGAGAUUCCAUCAGCAAGGAAGACCUCGCCCGAGCCACACUGGUCACCAUCACCAACAACAUUGGCUCCAUUGCACGGAUGUGUGCGUUGAAUGAGAAUAUUGACAGAGUUGUGUUUGUUGGGAAUUUUCUCAGAAUCAAUAUGGUCUCCAUGAAGCUGCUAGCAUAUGCAAUGGAUUUUUGGUCCAAAGGACAGCUAAAAGCUCUGUUUUUGGAACAUGAGGGUUAUUUCGGAGCCGUUGGAGCACUGCUGGAGCUGUUCAAGAUGGCUGAUGACCAGUAGUGGUGCCAGGCGGCGGAAGAGCCUUCUGUGGGAACAGGGAACCGAGGACUGCUGUCAGGGGAGGUAGAUGCCGCUGUGGGACGGAAGCCAAGCCAUUAUGGCAGAUGAACCUGCUGGAUUUGUAAAUAAUUUAAAAUACCUUCUAGCCGAUCUUUUACUCUUGGGUUUUGAGCUGAUGAUUCAAAAUGGGGAAUACAAGAGUUUUUUCUGUAUACUGUAUUUUUAAAAAAAAAAAAAAAUUUUUGUGCAGCGAGGCCAAACCUAUGUAUGGAUUUUAUGCAUUAACCUUGAAAAGUUGUAUGAUGUUUAAGAAGGACCCGAAAUGUAAGUGCUGUUUAUUUUUCUUCUGGGGUUUACUGAUCAGUGUGGUAAUUUUAACUUCAUUUAGUAAUUACUCUAGGAGAUUCUACCUUUACUUAUAUUCUUCAUGACGUUUCAUGAUUUGCUGUUGGUUUCAAAUGAAACUACAAAUCUGGCGUGUUUUACUGUGAACACGAUUUUGUUUGUUUGUUUAUAUACCUUUUCUCGUCUUUUUUUUUUUUUUCCUGUUGGAAUGUCUUAUGGAGAAAGAGAGUCCUUCCCCAUUUCUGUCCUUAAGUGACUCCCUCCCCUCCCCAAUACCUUUCCUUAACCUAAUUGUAUCAAUCAAGGUGCUGACCAACUCAAUGCGAAGUGAAGCAGGAGAUCAAAAGCUCUCGAAAGUACCCCUGAUGAGAAAACUCUGAAAGUGUUGAUGAAUUUAAUGAGUCAGGCAAAAGUUGAAAAUGAUAGGCAAUUUUGUCUUAAACCUUAUGCAUACGCAAUGUUUUGUUGGAUUUAUUUUAUGUUAGGUUAUAUUAAACUGAAAUGUUCUCUAAUGACAUGUCCUUGAUUCAUGCCCAGCCUAUGAGUGGCAGGAAAUCCUUAUGCAGGACUCUGGAACUUCCCAGGUAAAGUCUCCCAGUUGAUUAACUGUUCCCAUUGGGAGAUGGGGGAGAAGUCAUGGGUUGAGGUGUCAGGUAAUAAUACCUAUUUGUUUUGUACACAUAUGUACAUAGGAGCUUUGUAACAAGGCAUCUUAAGUAAUAACAUUUUUUCAUUUGAAAUAUUUCAGACUGAAAACUGUAUUUCAAUCCCAGCUUCUAAUAUUUAAAAAAAAAAAUCAUGAUACUGAUCUAUCUAUACAUUUUUUUUUCUUUUUUGAAAGAUGUCAUUGGAACCAAUGGGUAACUUUCAAAUGAGAGUCUUGUACAAAUAUUGAAACGCAUGAAGUCUAAUGAUUUAGAACUGAUUAAUCUUUCAAAUUGAGCAUAUUGUUGAAAGGGAUUUUUGAAGGCAGUGCAGUUCCUCCAUGAUGAAUCUUUCCUUUUCUGCCUCCUGAGCACCAUCUUUAAUUGCCAUUAUCUUCAAGUCUUGAAGAACUUGUUAAUUGAAGUAUUCACUUGUCUGGUUGAAAUAAAGCCUGUUUCUGUUGUGA